UAUCAAAACACCCUUCACGGGCCCUCUUCAAAAUGAUUAUUACUCACAGUAAGGCAAACGGCAUAGCGUAGACGAUAGUGAUAGUGUAAAUACCGUGAAAAUGCUUAAGUUGUUGUUGAUUAUCGGUGUUGUUUUGUUUGUAUUAUCAGGUCAGGGCUCAGAAGCCGCGGACUGCUGUGGAAGUUACACGGACAUUUCCGGAAAAGAACAUAAAGCAGAACUAUGUCCGGAUUACUGUUGCAUAAGACUAGGCAUUGAAUAUAAAGAAUGCUGCGACGAUUCCAGCAGGCAGAUACCUGCGACUAAGAACCAAAAUGAAGAUUGCGUUAAAGACUGGCUAAGUCAGCAUAUAUGGGUACCGAUUGUUUGUGGCAUUGUGGGAUUGCUGAUUAUCAUCGGUAUUGUCGUCUGCUGCUGUUGCUGCUGUGCUUGUUGCAAACGAUAAGUGCAGAGGAUACGUGUCAAAAAAUAAAAUAAGCCACGUCACGACAAAACCAACAUAAUGCGUUUGCGACCAGCAUGGAUCCAGACCAAUCCGCGCAGUCUGAUCAGGAUCCAUGCUGUUCGCUUACCAACUCUAUUACAAGUAGAGAAACUGAUAGCGAACAGUAUGGAUCCUGAUCAGACUGCGCGGAUGCGCAGGCUGGUCUGGAUCCAUGCUGGUCGCAAACCCAAUAUGUGUGUUUUGUCAUGACACAGCUCAAAUACUGUUUAUAAAGAUCUGCAACAGAACUGCUGACAAUAGAUUUUCUCAUAUGCCUUACAUGUAAACAUUCCUAAAUUUGCCGAAGAAGUGAAUGAUUUUUGGUGCACUUUAAUGACGCUGAGCCAUUUUUAUAUAUUUAUAUUAUAUAGAUUAUCUGAACAAAUGACAUGACAGAGACUAAACUCAAUGGAUAUUGUAUGCAUUGUGUUUAUAUUAUAUUGUGGUGGGAAAUUGUUUUAUUAUUUUAUGGUUGAAUAUCGUGUAGUCAUAUAUAUAAGUAGUUUUAUUAAAUUGUAAUAAUAGACUA